CGCCCACUGCUUCCGGGUGAGAGGAGGAGGAGGAGGUGGCGGCGUCGUCGUCGUCGCGAUGAUUUCCUGGCGGUGGUGACUCAAGUAAUGGCAAGUGUUGAUGAAAACUCCAGCCUCGGAGGCAAGGUUGGGGCCAGGAAGGACUUUGCUAGCUCGGAAAUUGACACCAACAAGUCAGAAGUGAAACCUUCAAAUGUUGAUGAUUUAAGUGACACAGCUGUUGGCAACAGCCAUUCAGCCAUUCCCUGUAAAGUCUGUGGCACGGUAAAGGAACAGGGCGACCUUACCCCCCAAGACUCGGGACAGCAGCGCCGACUCGCUAAGAGCAAGAGUUACGCUAACAGCAAUGAGAAUAUUGCCUCUGAAAGUCCACCCGAAGAGAGCGAUUUGAAGGGAGACGCAGGCACAUACGACUUGAGCACUGAGCAUUGGCCUGAGGCGGCAGGAGAGUCGGAGAUGGGUCAGUCGUUAACUGGCUGCAUUGGGAGCAAAGUUUUUCACGACGAUCGCGAAACAAUCCACCAACGCGGUGAAGGCGAGACUGGAAAAAAGGGCGGCAAGGAUGAACUCCACCACAUGGGCAAUGCUGCCAAAGGCCACAAAGACCUGGAUUACAAAGAAGAUUAUCCUAAGAAGAGGGAAAGACAGCACAUUCAGGAAAGGUGGAAUGACACCACCGGCAGGCCGCCGCAGGGCGGGGGAAACGGGCCUCAUACCGACGACCAAGACGAGAGUGGUUUGGUUCAGAGCCUCUCCCACCAGGAGGAAGAUAUGUAUCGGAGUGAAGGUACAAUAGACAAAAUAUCGAUUGGAGAAAGGAGAGAAUUGGUUGAUUAUUCGUGUCAGGAAUGGAAAGGGUCCACGGCUAAAACCAAAAAGAUUAAAAAGGCGUACCUGGAACUGUCCAGCAAAGGCUACUUUGACAUACGGAGAGUGAGGGGAGACAACUACUGUGGGCUGAGGGCCACGCUCUUUCAGGCUUUUUGUAAACAAAUUAAGAUAUUUGACUCCACGGUGCAGAUAACCGAGCUUCCAAAUUUAUUAAAUCAGAGAAAUAAAGGGCUCAUUGAAAAUUGGACCUUUGCUAAUCGUGAAGCCAAGGACAGGCGCAACCAGGCGAGCUUGGUUAUCUGCUUGCAAAACCUAAAGAAUGAGUGGCUGAAGGCAUACACUUAUCAGCUAGCCGAUACAGAGAACUUUUGUAAGGAUCUCUUCAACCAGCUGGGCGUGACUGAGUGGCGCCUUUAUGAGGCUGUGAAGCUGCUCAUGCUGUGGAAGGCGAUGGACCUCUUUGAAAUGCAGAAGCGUGGGGAGGACGUGCCGCUCUUUGCCACGCUCAUGUUUGCGCGCGAGACGUCGCUCAACCCCCACUCUUUCCUGCUCAAUCACCUCAACCACGUGGGCAGCUCCGGCGGCCUGGAACAGGUGGAGAUGUGCCUCCUGGGCUACACUCUGGGCAUCACCAUCCGUGCCUUUCGGCUGUACAUGUUUGGCACGGAGGAAUUUCAGGUGUGCUACCCGGAGAGCGAACCUGCACGUGGUGGGGGCGCGGUAGAGCGACCCGAGGUCGCAAUCGUCACCGAGGACGACCGACACUACAACGUGCUUCUGCCGUCGCCCGACCAACCACCUCUUGGUCACAGCAAGCAACCACCGUUUGGGAACAGCAACCAUCCACCACUUGGUGACAGCAACCAACCACCGCAUGGGCAUAGCAACCAACCACCGCAUGGGAACAGCUACCAACCACCGUUUGGGCAUAGCAACCAACCACCGCAUGGGCAUAGCAACCAACCACCGCAUGGGCACAGCAACCAACCACCACUUGGUGACAGCAACCAACCACCGCAUGGGCAUAGCAACCAACCACCACUUGGUGACAGCAACCAACCACCGCAUGGGCAUAGCAACCAACCACCGCAUGGGAGCAGCAAGCAACCACCGCUUGGUAACAGCUACCAACCACCGCAUGGGAACAGCAAGCAACCAUCGCUUGGUGACAGCUACCAACCACCGCAUGGGAACAGCAAGCAACCACCGCUUGGUGACAGCUACCAACCACCACAUGGGAGCAGCAAGCAACCACCGCUUGGUGACAGCUACCAACCACCGCAUGGGAACAGCAAGCAACCAUCGCUUGGUGACAGCUACCAACCACCGCAUGGGAGCAGCAAGCAACCACCGCUUGGUGACAGCUACCAACCACCGCAUGGGAGCAGCAAGCAACCAUCGCUUGGUGACAGCUACCAACCAUCGCAUGGGAGCAGCAAGCAACCACCGCUUGGUGACAGCUACCAACCACCGCAUGGGAGCAGCAAGCAACCACCGCUUGGUGACAGCUACCAACCACCGCAUGGGAACAGCAAGCAACCAUCGCUUGGUGACAGCUACCAACCACCGCAUGGGAACAGCAAGCAACCAUCGCUUGGUGACAGCUACCAACCACCGCAUGGGAGCAGCAAGCAACCAUCGCUUGGUGACAGCUACCAACCACCGCAUGGGAGCAGCAAGCAACCACCGCUUGGUGACAGCUACCAACCACCGCUUGGGAGCAGCAAGCAACCACCGCUUGGUGACAGCUACCAACCAUCGCAUGGGAACAGCAAGCAACCACCACUUGGUGACAGCUACCAACCACCGCUUGGGAGCAGCAAGCAACCACCGCUUGGUGACAGCUACCAACCACCGCAUGGGAGCAGCAAGCAACCACCACUUGGUGACAGCUACCAACCAUCGCUUGGGAGCAGCAAGCAACCAUCGCUUGGGAACAGCAAGCAACCAUCGCUUGGUGACAGCUACCAACCACCGCAUGGGAGCAGCAAGCAACCACCGCUUGGUGACAGCUACCAACCAUCGCUUGGGAACAGCAAGCAACCAUCGCUUGGUGACAGCUACCAACCACCGCAUGGGAGCAGCAAGCAACCACCGCUUGGUGACAGCUACCAACCAUCGCUUGGGAGCAGCAAGCAACCACCGCAUGGGAGCAGCAAGCAACCAUCGCUUGGGAACAGCAAGCAACCACCGCUUGGGAGCAGCAAGCAACCAUCGCUUGGGAACAGCAAGCAACGGGCACGCUCGCCGCACACUUCGUAGUUACGUGGAGGCGAAUGUCUCGUGACAAAAAUAAUUUAACAGUUUCUGCAUAGUUGCCAAUAUGACGAUUUGGUGUAUUAUUGUUGAUAUAUAUACACACUGGCUGGUGCAGUCGGACGUGCGGGGCAGUGGUGGUAAGCGCAGUGGUUCACACGGCGUGCUGCAAACCCCCCCCCCCCCCCCCGCGGGCUGAAUUGUGAUUUGUGACCACGGCUAAAAUUGGUGGCGAGUGACAUUGGAACAGAUCUUGGUCCCCCCCUCUCUUGUGAAUAAUGCUUAGAUGACCACCAUGCAUACGAGGAGUUUCAAGGCUACAGGGCUACAUUGUGGGCAGACAAUGUUAAACUGCACUCCCUCACCCUCGGGAAUUAGCUCACUGCCUUCAGCCCACAUUGCCACGAGAGUGUGGUGGCCUUCAUCCAGCAGUGGAUUGGUCAUGGCUGAAGACGAAGUGAAAAAGCGGUGGACAGUACACCCACCUGUUGCCAUUUGCACAUCGUUCAGCAACUUCAUCUCAAUGUCUCGAUUUUGUACAGCGAGGAAGUUAUUGUACUUAGACUUUUUUUUGGUGGUUGAAAAAAGAAUGUGCUCCAGCAUGUUUUAUCUGAUGCAUUCAUCCGUUUCACACAGAAUAGUAUUUUUUUAAGGCAUUACAAUUCGCCGAAGCUCUUGCAAGCUUGGCAAGAGGUACGGGACGUGUGCUGAACGCAGUGCGGGUGUUUCUUUUUGUCGUUGCGCUUAAGAAAUUGUUUAGGGUAUCUUUUUUGUUGCAUAUUUUCAUGCAGUUACUCUGCCAGAAUAACAAAUAAAGGGAUAAAGGAAAAAUCUGUUCUCGUGUGAUUAUAAUUGAUACAUAAGUAUUAAUAAAGUCAACUUAAAGUGA